UCCACCAUCUUAUAUUUGCAAAAUUCUCACGUCGUGAUUGUGGGUUGUCAUCCGAUCCGUUUUCUCUGCAAUUCAAAGUCUUGUGUGAUUUUUAAAGAGAGGAGAACGAAGUGAGCCUCCACCUCCACGAACCGGUUGAACCCGGUCCACCCACCCUAAAAGAAGAUUGUUUGCCUAAUUACCUCAAUGAAAUGAAUGAAAAUAAAUAAUAAUAAAAAAGAAAGCCUCAUGCUAUAAAGUUCCUGCUAUGCACAGGAAGGGUUAGACCUAUUGUGUGGGUCUAUAGUAGGCAGCUUUACCUUGCAUUUGAAAGAGGCUAAUCAUAUGAAUCCAACCUGUGAUCUAUUGUUCACAUGGCGACAACACCAAUUGUUGUGCCAAGGCUUGGAGAGAAGAGUUCUGGGAAGAAGCAUUGAAUGGAAACGUCGAAGAAAGACAUCCUUCUUCGACUUUGGAAAGAAGGUUGCAAUGUUGUAUACUGCUACCGCGAUAAGGUUAAGGUAUGCUAUCCCCAAAUUUAGUGUCUUUCUUACUCCAUCAAUUCUGAGGUUUUUUUCUCGUACCCCACGACAAAAUGCGAAAAUAGUAUUUGGGUUUGAUGCCAUUGAUGAUGCUGUGGCCAUGUUCACUCGCUUGAUUACUCUGCAUCCGCUUCCAUCUGUUGUAGAAUUUAACAUGAUUUUAGGGUCAAUAGUGAAGAUGAAGCAUUAUUCAACUACUAUCUCACUUUCUAAACAAAUGGGGUUGAGAGGAAUCACUCCUUCCAUAGUCACAUUGAGUAUUUUGAUUAAUUGUUACUGCCACUUGGGUCAGAUGGGUUUUGCUUUUUCUGUGUUGGGCAUGGUUCUCAAGAGGGGUUAUCAACCCAAUACCAUAACAUUGACUACACUCGUGAAAGGUCUUUGUAUCAAUGGUGAGAUUAAGAAAGCAAUGGACUUUCAUGACGGUGUGGUAGCAAAAGGAUUUCUGUUGGAUGAAGUUAGUUAUGGCACCUUGAUCAAUGGCUUGUGUAAAAUAGGACAAACAAGAGAUGCCAUGCAGUUGCUGCAAAAGAUGGAAAUACAAGUGGUUAAGCCUAACAUAGUAAUGUAUAAUAUGAUUAUUGACAGUUUAUGCAAAGAUGGACUUGUAACUGAGGCAUGUGAUUUAUAUUCUGAAAUUGAUGUCCGGGGAAUAUCUCCUGAUAUUUUUACUUACACUUCUCUAAUUCAUGGUUUUAGUAGUAUGGGUCAAUGGGGAGAAGUUACUCGGUUGAUGUGUGAAAUGGUUGAUAAAAACAUCAACCCAAAUGUUUAUACCUUCAAUGUAUUAAUUGAUGCAUUAGGUAAAAAAGGAAUGCUCAUAGAAGCUCAAGAUAUGUGUAAUUUGAUGAUUGAAAGAGGUCAGCAACCAGAUAUUGUUACUUUCAACACUUUGAUGAGUGGAUAUUGCUUACACGAUAAUGUGAGUGAGGCAAGAAAAUUAUUUGAUGCAGUUGUUGAAUGGGGUAUUGUGCGUGAUGUUUGGAGUCAUAACAUCUUGAUUAUUGGGUAUUGCAAGAGUAAAAAGAUUGAUGAAGCUGUGAGCCUCUUCAAUGAAAUGCAUUGCACGAAUUUGGCUCCUAAUACUGUAACUUACAGUUCUCUUAUUGAUGGUUUGUGCAAAUCUGGGAGAAUCUCUUAUGCAUGUGAACUUUUUAAUGCAAUUCAUGAUGGUGGUCCACCCCCUAAUGUUGUCACUUACAAUAUCUUGUUAGAUGCUUUUUGCAAAAUCCAACAUAUUGACAAGGCAAUUGCAUUAUUUAACCAAAUGUUUGAAAGGGGAUUGACUCCUAAUGUUUGGAGUUAUAACAUCUUGAUAAAUGGGUAUUGCAAGAGUAAGAGGAUUAAUGAAGCCAUGAACCUUUUCAAAGAAAUGCAUUGCAAAAACUUGAUUCCAGAUUCUGUGACUUAUAAUUCUCUUAUUUAUGGCUUGAGUAAAUCUGGGAGAAUCUCUAGUGCGUGGGAGCUUUUCAAUGCAAUGCAUGGCUGUCCACCAGUUAAUGUUAUCACUUACAAUAUCUUGUUAGACGGUUUUUCCAAAAUCCAACAUGUUCCCUAGGCAAUUGGAUUAUUUAAUGUAAUGUUCGAAAGGGGAUCGACUUCUGAUGUUUUAGUCAUAUAUCUUGAUUAAUGAAUUUCACAACUUGACAUGGGUAAAAGGAUGAAUGAAGCCAUGAAUCUCUUCAAAGAAAUUUGUCCCAACAAUCUGACUAUUGAUACUAUAAACUCAUAGUUCUCUUAUUAAUGGCUCAGGCUUAUGCAAAUCUUGGAGAAUUUCAUAUGCAUGAGAGCUCGGUGAUGACAUGCAUAAUAACGGACGGCAACCUAUCACUUGACAAGGUGACUGCUUUAAUUUCACGGCAUAUCAAAAAGGAAUUUGUUUUGAUUGGCACCAAUUCACCGUUCACUGGUUGAUGGUUUUUACAUAGGUUGAAGACUGAAGAUUGCAUGAGAGAUUUUUUUCAGCAUCUUUUGGUUCAAGUUUUUGUGUGAAAAUUAUUGCAUAUAACAUUACCAAUGGACUCUGCUAAGAACAUUUGUUCCAUGAAAUAUCGGCCUUUCUUUUAGAAAGAAAAAAAAAAUAGAAUGAUAGGGCAGAGGAACUGCUUCAAGAAAUGAUUGCUGGAGGUCUGAACAAUUGAUAAAACCUGAUAUGUUGAUUCCAUUGUUCAAUAUAGACAUACAGUUCGACCACUCAACUUGGAUAACUGUUGCUACUAAUAUCAACGCUGGAUCAGAAGGAAGGUUCAUAAUCCCCAUGCUGUUCUUUCUCUUGGCAUUUAUGAUCAAACCAAGUUCACAAACAGCAGCAUUGUUACAUUGUUAGGCAGCUACUUUCCUUUGGAAUAAUUUGUUUGGUGUGCUUGAUAAAUAUUGGGUUUAUCCCUUUAUUUUUGUAGCAUUUUCUCCCAACUCAGAUUCAUGAAAUUCUCCUAAAUAUUUGGUUGGAGUGUGAUGCUCAUAUUUUUUUAGAGCAUCUCUUUCCCUGUAUA